GGUCGAGAAGUAGCAUAACGAUUUUAUAAGACUUUCAUCCCGCGUCUUACGAAUUGUCCGGCAAGUUGCUUGACUUGCAUAAACCUCUCCAAGGACAGAUUUGACAACGAGUUACAAUGCGUGCCCUUCUCCCAAGCAAGAUCAUACUUCACAGACGUAUGAGGGAAUUUUGUGUACAAAGCUCCAGCUAACGUUUAAAGUGCCGAACUGUGGUCUUGGGAGAAGCCAAAUCGAUCCGUUUGGAAUCAGUAUCUUAGCUAAAUUGAUGCUCAAGAAGUUCUGCGUACACAUAAAGAACACGGUAUUUUGGAGUACUAAAAGUCUUGCUCCAAUCAUUUCGAGCGCAAAAGGUAGAUAAAAUUCGAGCUUGAGCCGCGCUUCCUUGAGUAAGUCCCGGGGAGAGCGAGAAUCAUUCUGAAAUUGCAAGGAUUUAUUACUUUUCUCAGGUUAACAAGCUCACGUUUCAUUUAAAGUUUCUCCUUUUUGUAUCGGAGUUUUGUUAUCCUUGUCGAAUUUGAGAUUCUUUGUGUGCAUCUCGAAUUCAUGUUCAUAAUUCUUAAGCUGUCAGAUUGUUUUGACCAUUUCUAUAGAUCGCUCAGCAAUUUCUGCUAUCGACCAAGAUGAUUAAUCUGCGACUUCUAUAUGAGCUCGGAGCUCAAGCACGUUUUUGUCAUAAGGAACUGGUGAUGAUCCAGUUGUCGUUGCGUGUUGAGUCUGCCAGGAUUGUGUACUGGAAUUUCUUGCCAUGAUAUUUCAGCUUAACUUCAGCCAGCUUGAUCUUCAGCAUACUUCUUUCAUUUUGAUGAUCCGGCCGAAGACCAGCCAGCUUGUUCUCUAGAUUCAUUUCGACAACCUGACAAUGCAGACGUUCGGCCAGAUUGUUCUCCGGUAUAAUUUUGUAAUUUUGAUGUAUCAGCUGAAGUUUAGCCGGCACAUUCUUUCGUCAUUCUGAAAUUUCAGCUAAAGUACAUUUACGAUCAUGUCCAAAUACGACAUCUUGUCAUACAUCCUGCCUUUGAGCCACUUAAAGAGGCCCGGCUUGCUAAAUCUUUAGAACGGUAUCAAGACUGAAGCUUUGAUUGCACUAUAGCCACACCCGUACAAAGCCGGUCCAACAUGUCUCCAAAAAGCAAAAUCGCCUCAAUUUUGUAGCAAUGCCUUAUAGCAUCACCUUUCAUUCUGAACUUUUCGUGAUCGAAGGAGCUUGCUGUUUACAAUAGCAGCGUGUCGAGUUUGGAGGAUCGUGACGUUGCACGAGCCUAAUUUGCCACGAUGGAAAUAGGGCGUGAACACACUCUCUCUGUAGCUGUGCUGGGUAAUGACACCAAUUCAUACUUCUUGUGUUUCAUUCGAAAUGAGAAAACUAUGUAAGGAAUUUUAAAGUUAUGCUACUCCAUCGUGCAAUCUACAAUGAAGAUCUUGGUGGUGCGAUGUACAUCUAGACGUGGAAAGCGAAGGUAGGACCACGCUUUAGCACUGAAUUAAUAAUCUCUGCUCUAUGGUGGGGGUCACGUAUUGGGUGCUAACGCUGCAACUGGCAACUGAGGCUGGCAAAAUUGUCUGUGGAAGGGACGAAAUCUUGGGAUAUUUGGAUUCAGACGAAGCAGACGUGCAUUUACCCUUCAAAUUUAAUUUUUACGUAGCCGUGCUGAGAAUUCUUCGCUGCAUUCUGCGGUGAGACGCGUGCCAAUCAGCUUCGUGCGUAUGACAUGGCACUAUUCAGGAGUGGUUUUAGCUUAUCAGGCCAAGGACGUGUUAGACGAAGCUCUGAAGUCUAUGGAGUUACAAUAGUUUCAUUGAUAUAUGAGGGCAACUACGCUAAUGCUAUGGGCCACUACUUGACAGAGUGGAAAUAUUAGGUGCUGGUUGUGUGCCGGCUCUAACGACCCAAUGCGUGCCAUUGCGCCUUUCCAACAGCUUUAUUACAGCUGAUUAUUCGCGAGUGGGGAAUGCACUUAGGAUUAGGAAUCACCGCAUCCGACUGUCGCAAUUUGUCCGAGGCAGAGGGAACUCAUUAUUUGUGAUAAAUCUUGUCCUACUUUUGAUUGGACGUUCUCUGAUGCAUGUCACUUCAACAAUAUGGGUGACAUUUCAAUUAUAUGUUAAAAGGUGAGGAUCAUACUAACAACAGACAUGGCCGGAGGAAAACACCAAGCAUUCACGUUCGCAACCAUAAUUGGCUUCGCUGGAGGUGCUGGGUACUUGCUAGAGCGCCAUACUCCAUCGCUUGUUGGUGGCAUGGCUUUGAGCGUUGGAUUUCUGGCUGCUGGGUUGCUGGUGAUUACAGAAACUAUCACGGACCACCACUUCAACCACUUUACUUCCCUCACCAUGUCAGGCAUCAUCGCGGGCGUUAUGGCACGGCGCGCAAUGACAACGCGCAUGCGCACGCCGACACUGAUUGCCACUGCAGGCGCAAUGUCUGCAGGCUAUCACAUGCAACAGCUGAGCAACCCACCACGCAAGAAGCGC